AUGGCCGCCGCCGUGGAUUCCCGCAAGCGCUGCGUCGCUGCGUUCCUGGACGAGCCGUCCCCGGCGCCGCCCCACCUCGCCAAGCGCGGUCGCUUCGUGCCAUGCGCCGCCUCCAUGGCUCCUUUGCCGGCGCUGGCGCAGUUCGACCCGCUCGACGCCCUCCGGCUCGUGUUCCCGGACGCCGACCCGCAGGACCUGGAGGCCUGCUUCGCCGCGUCGGGCCGCGACAUCAACGCCGCCGUGCAGGCGUACCGCGCCCAGCAGGCCAGUGACGCGCUGGCGCAGCAGCUCGUCUCCGCGGCAGCAGACGGCGACGACGAGCGCUGCGCCGGCGUCCUCGUGGAGCAGAUGGGGGCGGCGACCGACGUGGGCGACGCCAAGAACCGCGCGGCGUGGAUGCUGGAACUGAUCAGGAACGCCACCGCCGAGCGCGCCGCGCACCAGACGGCGGCGGAGGCGGCGAGGCUGCGUGAGGAGAACGCUUUGCUGAGGGAGCACGCGGAGCACGGCGCGAGGGAGGCGGCGAGACUGCGCGAGGAGAACGCGGCGCUGAGGGAGCGCGCGGCUGCGGCGGAGCGCGACGGCACGGUGCUGAAGCGCGGCGUUAUGGCGCAGCAGAGGCGGUACGAGGAGAUGGAGCGCGACGCGGCGGCGAUGAAGAAGAAGGUUGCGGAGCUGGAGAUGGCCAACUACGCGCUCAACGUCCGGCUGAGGGACGCCGACGGAUGCCGCUUCCAGACGGCGUACCGCAGGCCCGACGUGUUCUAG